GAUUCUGCAUCCCAAUGAGUCAUAAAACAAUGCAUGGAACUGAAACAUUGAUAUAAAUAUAUAUGAGGCAGAUUAAACACUUGUUGUUAAAUGCUGUUUAGUUGUAGCUUUGUCUCUCUGCCAGACGUCAUCCUUGCGUUGAGAUGUUUAAUAUGCGCUUUUGACGUCCAGUGGGCGGCAACAGGUGCAUAUCCAGUUCGGAUCUGAUUCCAGCAGGCUAUACUGUAAAUUGAUGUAACUUGAGUCCAGAUAAUAAUUGAAUCAAGUGGUGGAUUGACUGCUGCUGUCAGCGCGUCCCCUCGGAUCCACUGUGAAUCCGCAGGCGGGCACCCGGAUGUAGCAACAAUGUUUGGCGCUCCUCUCUGGGUUUGCGCUCGGAAAAUAUUUGAUAAUUCAGGUUGACGGCUCGGUUCAGGCUCACGCGUCGAAACCUUUGGAUGUUUCUCUUCCAACGAUGAGUUGGAUUUAAAACGGACCAUUUCAAUGUGGAUUCGAGGAUGCAAGAAGCAGAUGAACAGUCUGAAGGGGCACAGUAUGCCAGCAACAAAAGGACCACUCCCCCCGGUGAUGCCUCAGAAAGCCAACCCCGUCUGCACCAGCUCCAUCCCCCUGAGCCCCUGCAUGCCCCGCAUAGCACCGGCAAACCCGUCGGCUCCUCUUGUGGUCUCUUUGGGGCCAACAGUGGCGUUCAGGACUCCGGUGGCACUGGUUCGGGUGUCAGCCCGGUCCUCGCUUGGCAUGCCGCCAUUAGUGCUGCUCGCCAAGUGCAGGGCGAUGUCGCGAAGCCUGACAUGAGUAUGCAGCCCACAGUUUGCACCACGGGACCACCUCCUGUGGGCUCACUGGCGCAGAGGAAGAGGCAGCAGUACGCCAAAAGCAAAAAGCAGGGAGGAUCUACCAACAACAGGCCACCCAGAGCUCUGUUCUGCCUCACCCUCAACAACCCGAUCCGCAGGGCCUGCAUCAGCCUGGUGGAGUGGAAACCGUUUGAUAUCUUUAUACUGCUGUCUAUUUUUGCCAACUGUGUGGCCUUAGCCAUCUACAUCCCCUUCCCCGGAGACGACUCCAACUCUACCAACCAAGAACUGGAAACAGUAGAAUAUGCCUUCCUGAUCAUUUUCACGAUAGAGACAUUUAUGAAGAUUAUUGCUUAUGGUCUGGUCAUGCACCAAAACUCCUACGUCAGAAAUGGCUGGAACAUGCUGGACUUUGUCAUCGUCGUCGUGGGGUUGUUCAGUGUGGUUCUGGAGAUGAUAACCAAAGACGUUGAUUCUAACGGCCAGUCUGGAGGCAAACCUGGGGGGUUUGAUGUCAAGGCCCUCCGAGCUUUCCGCGUGCUACGACCACUUCGCCUUGUCUCUGGAGUUCCUAGUUUACAGGUGGUUUUAAACUCCAUUAUUAAAGCCAUGGUUCCCCUGCUUCACAUCGCUCUGCUGGUCCUCUUUGUCAUUAUCAUCUACGCCAUCAUCGGGCUGGAGCUCUUCAUUGGCAAAAUGCAUGCAACAUGCUACAUGAUGCAAACAGGUGCCCUGGCGGAAGAAGAGGCCACGCCAUGUGCGGUCUCAGGGCACGGCCGCCAUUGCCUGCUCAAUGGUACGUCUUGCAAAGAGGGCUGGCAAGGCCCCAACAACGGCAUCACCAACUUCGACAACUUUUUGUUUGCCAUGCUCACUGUGUUCCAGUGCAUCACCAUGGAGGGCUGGACCGACGUCCUCUACUGGAUGAACGAUGCGAUGGGCUUUGAGCUGCCCUGGGUCUACUUUGUCAGUCUGAUCAUCUUUGGAUCCUUCUUUGUUCUCAAUUUGGUUUUGGGUGUGUUGAGCGGAGAGUUUUCCAAAGAGCGAGAAAAGGCCAAGGCUCGGGGAGAUUUCCAGAAGCUACGUGAGAAGCAGCAGUUAGAGGAAGACCUGAAGGGCUACCUGGACUGGAUCACCCAGGCAGAGGACAUUGACCCUGAGAACGAGGAGGAGGGGGACGAGGAGGGCAAGCGUAACCGGGUCACACUGGCUGACCUCACUGAGAAGAAGAAAGGAAAGUUUGGCUGGUUCACUCAGUCCACAGAGACACAGGCGAGCAUGCCCAGUGAGACUGAGUCGGCAAACACAGACAAUCACAACGGAGAGGAAAACAAAUCCCCCUGCUGUGGUCCGCUAUGUCAACAAAUUACUAAGUCAAAGUUCAGUCGUCAUUGGCGACGGUGGAACCGUUUCUGCCGCAGAAAGUGUCGAGCAGCCGUGAAGUCCGUGACGUUUUAUUGGCUGGUCAUCAUCUUGGUGUUCCUCAACACCCUCACCAUUGCCUCUGAGCACUACAACCAGGCGGACUGGCUGACCAAAGUCCAGGACGUAGCCAACAAGGUUCUCCUGGCAAUGUUCACCAUGGAGAUGCUGGUGAAGAUGUACAGUCUGGGGCUGCAGGCGUACUUCGUGUCCCUGUUUAACCGCUUUGACUGUUUCGUGGUGUGCGGCGGCAUCGUAGAGACCAUCCUGGUGGAGCUGGCCUUCAUGUCUUCGCUGGGCAUCUCUGUCUUCCGUUGCGUACGACUGCUUCGGAUCUUCAAGGUUACGCGGCAUUGGGCAUCUCUCAGUAACCUGGUGGCCUCGCUGCUCAACUCCAUGAAGUCCAUCGCCUCCCUGUUGCUGCUGCUCUUCCUCUUCAUUAUUAUUUUCUCCUUGCUUGGCAUGCAGCUCUUUGGGGGCAAGUUCAACUUUGACGAGACUGUGACCAAAAGGAGCACGUUUGAUAACUUCCCCCAGGCCCUGCUCACUGUGUUCCAGAUCUUGACAGGAGAAGACUGGAACACGGUGAUGUAUGAUGGUAUCAUGGCAUACGGCGGUCCGGCCUCCUCUGGAAUGGUGGUCUGCAUUUACUUCAUUAUCCUCUUUAUCUGUGGAAACUACAUCCUGCUAAACGUCUUCUUGGCCAUCGCCGUUGACAACCUGGCAGACGCGGAGAGCCUCAACACAGCACAGAAGGAGGAAGAGGAGGCCAAGAAGAGGAAGAAUAGUGCCAAAGAUAUUAGCACUGAAAAGAAGAAAGUUGAAAUCAUAGAUGUCAAGGAUGGACAGACCAAGUGUGUGCAGGCGCCAGCAGAAGUCUUGUUGGAGGAAGAAAAGGAGUCAUAUCCUGCCAUCGACUCACUGGCUUGUGAUGAUGAUGACAAUAAUGCCGUUCUCCCAGAAGUCCUGCCAGGGCCCCGCCCUCAGAGGCUGUCAGAAUUCAGCAUCAAAGAGAAGACUCCGCCCAUCCCGGUGGGCAGCGCCUUCUUCAUCUUCAGCAGCACUAACCCGUUCCGUGUGUUCUGCCAUAAGCUGAUCAACCAUCAGAUCUUCACCAACCUAAUCCUGGUCUUCAUCAUGCUCAGCUCCAUCUCUCUGGCUGCCGAGGACCCAAUACGCAACUUCUCUGCUCGCAAUAUCAUCCUAGGCUAUGCAGACUAUGUCUUCACUAGUAUUUUUACAUUUGAGAUCCUUAUUAAGAUGACAGCGUUUGGAGCGUUUCUUCAUAAAGGGGCGUUUUGUAGAAACUACUUCAACCUUUUAGACCUCCUGGUCGUCGGUGUGUCUCUGGUCUCCUUUGGCCUCCAGUCCUCUGCUAUUUCAGUGGUGAAGAUUCUCCGUGUUCUGAGAGUCCUCCGUCCGCUCAGGGCUAUCAACAGAGCCAAGGGACUGAAGCAUGUGGUCCAGUGUGUGUUCGUGGCCAUCAGGACCAUCGGCAACAUCAUGAUCGUCACCACGCUGCUGCAGUUCAUGUUCGCGUGUAUCGGAGUGCAGCUCUUCAAGGGGAAAUUCUUUCGCUGCACCGAUGAUGCCAAGUCCAGUCCAGACGACUGCAAGGGAACCUACAUUCUCUACAACAACGGGGACGCGGCGCUGCCCAUGGUGAAGGAGAGGAUCUGGUACAACAGCGACUUCAACUUUGACAACGUCCUCAUGGCCAUGAUGGCUCUGUUUACUGUCUCCACAUUCGAAGGGUGGCCCACUCUGCUCUACAAGGCCAUCGACUCCAACAGAGAGAACAUGGGUCCUAUCUACAACUACCGCAUCGAGAUCUCCAUCUUCUUCAUCGUCUACAUCAUCAUCAUCGCCUUCUUCAUGAUGAACAUCUUUGUCGGUUUCGUUAUUGUCACCUUUCAGGAGCAGGGGGAGAAGGAGUACAAGAACUGUGAGCUGGACAAGAACCAGCGUCAGUGUGUGGAAUAUGCUCUCAAAGCUCGUCCUCUGCGGCGCUACAUCCCAAAAAACCCUUACCAGUACAAGUUCUGGUAUGUGGUCAACUCUACAGGCUUUGAGUACGUCAUGUUUGUCCUGAUCAUCAUCAACACCUUGUGUCUGGCCAUUCAGCACCAUGGUCAAUCCCAUCUAUUUAAUUAUGCCAUGGACAUCCUCAACAUGGUCUUCACUGGGGUUUUCACUGUGGAGAUGAUCCUCAAGCUCAUCGCCUUCAAACCCAGAAACUAUUUUGCUGAUGCAUGGAACACGUUUGAUGCCUUAAUUGUUGUGGGUAGCGUGGUUGACAUUGCCAUCACUGAGAUCAAUAACACGGAGGACAGCGCUCGCAUCUCCAUCACCUUCUUCCGCCUGUUCAGAGUGAUGCGAUUGGUCAAACUUCUGAGCAGGGGGGAAGGCAUCAGGACUCUGCUGUGGACCUUCAUCAAGUCUUUCCAGGCUCUUCCCUACGUUGCACUCCUGAUAGCCAUGCUGUUCUUCAUCUAUGCUGUAAUCGGGAUGCAGGUGUUUGGGAAAAUAGCCAUGGUGGAUGGAACUCAAAUCAACCGCAACAACAACUUUCAAACCUUUCCUCAAGCUGUGCUGAUGCUCUUCAGGUGUGCCACAGGUGAGGCCUGGCAGGAGAUCAUGCUGGCCUGUCUGCCGGGGAAGCUGUGUGAUCCGGAGUCGGACUACAACCCCGGAGAGGAGAAAACUUGCGGCAGCGGCUUCGCCAUUAUCUACUUCAUCAGCUUCUACAUGCUCUGUGCCUUCCUGAUCAUCAACCUGUUUGUUGCCGUCAUCAUGGAUAACUUUGACUAUCUGACCCGUGAUUGGUCUAUUCUUGGGCCGCAUCACCUGGAUGAGUUUAAAAGGAUCUGGUCCGAAUACGACCCUGAAGCCAAGGGCAGGAUAAAGCACCUCGACGUGGUGACUCUGCUGAGGAGGAUCCAGCCCCCGCUGGGCUUUGGCAAGCUGUGCCCUCACAGGGUGGCCUGUAAGCGUCUGGUGGCCAUGAACAUGCCCCUCAACAGUGACGGGACCGUCAUGUUUAAUGCCACCUUGUUUGCUCUGGUCCGCACUGCCCUCAAGAUUAAGACUGAGGGUAAUCUGGAGCAAGCCAAUGAGGAGCUCAGAGCUGUGAUUAAGAAGAUUUGGAAAAGGACAAGCAUGAAGCUGCUGGACCAAGUAGCGCCCCCUUCCGGCGAUGACGAGGUAACAGUGGGGAAGUUCUAUGCCACCUUCCUGAUACAGGACUACUUCAGGAAGUUCAAGAGGCGCAAAGAGCAAGGUCUUGUAGGAAGGCGCUCGUGGGAGAGGCUGAACACAACCAUGGCUCUGCAGGCCGGCCUGCGCACGCUGCAUGACAUUGGACCAGAGAUCCGUCGAGCCAUAUCAUGUGACCUGCAAGAGGCGGGGCUAGUAGAUGCUAUUGGAGAGGAAGCAGAGGACAUCUACAGGCGUAACGGCGGCCUUUUUGGGAACCACAUCGGUGCUGAUCAGCAAGGUUGCUUUCACCCGACCACGGUCACCCAGCGGCCGCUACAGGUCCUGCCCUUCUCCUGCAGUGCCUCAACUGAAUCCACCCAAACAGGCAGGAGAGCCAGUGACGCCGAGAGAGGAGAGGACGUAGAGAUGAACUCCUCACCCAUCCAAUACAACCAUCACGAUCACACCCCGCAUCCGUAUCAUUAUCCUCACUUCGUUUCCACUUGCCAUCAAUCGCCAAUCCCCUCCAAUGCCAACCUCAACAAUGCCAACGUGCCCUCACUGUCCUCCAUGCCCAACGGGAGGCAGCAGAAGUGCUUGCUAAGGGGAGAGCGUCCAUCCUCCACCAAAAAGGGACCAUCGGUGUCAACUUACAGCAAAGGAGUGCACGACAAGCUUUGGAAGUCACACUCUCCGAGGACGCGCUACUAUGAGGCCUACAUUAGGUCAGAAAGCGGCGGUGGGCUUUACUCCACUAUUCGCCGAGAGGAGCCCGGGGGUGGCGACAGCGAUGACGAGCGAGGGUCGGGAGAGUACUUCAGCGGGGAGGAGUUUCACGAAGACGACAUCCUGCUCACUAAGGACAGGUUGUCCAACAAGGACCAACAUGAUGAAGAUGGUGACUGUGACCUUGGGGUUUCCAGCGGCGACCACCAGUCUGAUGGUUGUUAUGACGAUGACCAACAGCCGAUCUGCCAAGUUGGCAGGCGGUCGCCCAGGAGGUGGCUCCUCCCGUCACCUCAAGCGUCCAACAGACCGACAUUCAGCUUUGAGUGUCUUCGUAUAAGAAGCAGUCAGGAUGACGCCCCUCCCUCUCCGUCCUGCACAGCUCUUCCACUACACCUGGUGCAGCAGCAGGUCAUGGCGGUGGCCGGUUUCGACGCCAGCAGAAUUCACCGUCUGUCGCCGACGGGGUCGCUUCGCUCCUGGGUCACGCCUCCUGCCUCACCCAUCAGCCGCGGCUGCUCGCCUUGCUACGCACCGCUCAUACAGGUGGACUGGCGCAGCCCCGGCAGCGUCAGCAGCCUCCCCGGAGCAGUGACGAGGAGUUCUUGGUACACAGACGGUCAGGACGGGCUUCCCGGCCUCAGCCGCUCUCCAUCACAUCUGCAGCUUCCUGCAGAACGCUGCUCACACAUUCUGCAAAAGAGAGGCAGCGCCAACAGCGUGGUGGAGGCUGUGUUGAUCUCUGAGGGUUUGGGGAAAUACGCCAGGGACCCCAAGUUUGUGACAGCAACCAAACACGAAAUCGCAGAUGCCUGCGAGAUGACCAUUGAUGAGAUGGAGAGUGCCGCCAGCAACCUGCUGAACGGGAGUCUGGAUAACGGCACCGCGGGGGGAACGGGCAGCGUCAGCUCUGACCUGCUGGCCACCACGCAUGUUAGAGACCGCAGUAUCCAGGACUACAGCGACGAAGAGCCGUACGUGGCUCUGAAAUGCGAGGAGGACCUAACCGAUGAGAUGAUAUGCAUCACGUCGCUAUAGCAGCGGCUCACACACGGGAUUAUUGAGUUUUUUUCAAUUGAAUUUCUACUUCUAUUCCACAGUGAGCGGAUGUCUCCGUUCAGGAGCAUCCGGCAAUAGACAGAACAUGGAGACCAUGGAGGGACAAGAGAACAAAGUGCCUCGUUUUCUCUUUCUGUGCAGAAUGGGAAUGUAGGAAAUAUGAGAAAAACAGACGUGAACGAGCUGAGAGAAAUUCAGCAAAUAUUGAGAGCAGAGGAAAUCAAUCUAACUCGGGAGUUAGAGAUACUCUCCAAACGGUGUUUUCUAUUUCCUUUAUGUCAACAGAAUAACCUGCCAACCCAGAGCUCCUCCCAUUCAUUUCUACAACAACAUCCAUUGAGGAUCAAGUGAAAUACUGAGAGUUGAUCGUAAUGAUGGUCUUUUUCUGUUUCAAUGGCUUAACAUGUGGGUGUCGGCAUCCAUAUUGAGAGUAUAAUUGUUGCCCUGUCGUUCUUCUGCUCCUCCGACUAAAAUUGUGUGACCAUGUACAAACGAGGCCGUGAAUCGAGCAUCCUUCACUCGAUGUGAAGAGACAAUGAAACUGAAUUAGUCACCGUGCUACACGUGUGAAAAGCCAAGCUGGCUUUGCAAAGAAAAUCUGUCGUGCUGCAAAAUGUCUUUAGUUAUCCGAUGAUUCAAAGAUUCCCUGUAUUCAGUUGGAGUUUUAUGUCUCUGUAUAUACGUAUAAUGUGUGCUUUUAAUCUUUAGUGAUCAUGGUAACAUAUGCUGGUUAUUAACAUGACAAUAUGCCUCCAUGCUGCAACUCAAAUAACAAAAAAAGUGAUAGAAAUAAAUAAAUAUAUAUAUUUCAGUAGGCUGAUUUAAGUUCAGGUUUCAGGGUUAAAUGUUUCUGGUCGGUACUUGACUUGAAAGGGAAAUCACAUAUCACUGAAAAAAGACUUUGUCCUCAGGCAUAUGCUUCUGUCUCGCAUGCACACUGAUAAGAGAAACAUCCCCUCCCCCCUUUACAACAACAUCAGAGAUCUGCAGCCAUUCGACUAACGCGGCCACUUCAAGCUGCCUGGACGAAAAGGUUUCGGAGGAACGUUCCAUGUCACACUUGUUUGCAUCGUGACCCUUAUCUUUGAUCAAAGCCCCUUGAAGACUGAGGAGUCUCAUUCUUCUCAGACCUGCUUGAAGCUAUUUGAAUGCGAGAACAAAAUAUGAAAAUAAGACAAACUGCCUGAGAACAUGACUGACCAACAGCUGUAAAGGACAUGUUCAUUUAUUAUGCUGCAGCAGAAAGUCAUCAGUCUGACAUCAUUCUGUAGUCACGCGUGGCUUGGCCUCCCGGAGAGCGUUGCUUCCGGGCCAUUUCCCUUCCUGUGAACGCCACAUCACUUUUAUUGGUUUAACUUGCGAUGCAGCAUUUCAAUCUGAGGGCAUGUUUCAUGAUGAGUCGGAUUAUUUACAAAGAUCUCCGACACUAAAGGGCCUGACUUUCGACAUAUUGUAUAUUUAAAAAGCCGCAACAGGCAGGGAGACUUUCCUGACUAUAUAUUAAUUCUGUAUAUUUGUGUUCUUGGAAUGAAAUCAUGUUGCCUUUUAUUUAUUUAUUAUUUAUUUUAGAAUUAUGUUUGUUACAAGACUCGUGAGUGUACAAGAUGUCUACACAAUGUGUUUCUCUACCACUGCCAGCUGUAACAACGUCUUUGGGGCAACGAUUACAAACUCUGGGGUCGUGGUGGGGAAAUCUUCUUUUUUUUCCUGAAUUUAAAUACUGUUGGGCAACGUGCUUGAUCUGUGCAAUCAAAGGGCUUGUUCAAAUAUCAAACCAAAACAAGGGAUCACUCCUGACAGAAGGUUGAUGCCAAUAUUGAAAAGUUUUCUUGCAUAGACUUAAUAGUGAAUAUACCAGUUAAUUUGAUCCCAGCUGGAGUCUAAAAAAUACUAACAUGUCAAUUAUCUUAAACUAAGAACAAUUUUAAAAUAUUGUUAUUAGCUCUGUAACUAAAUGGGUGUCAGAGCAAUUGGGGCAACGGCUGAAUUUGCACAAAACUAUACAAAAAUGUAUAUAUAUAUCCAUAUAGUUAAAGAGUCAAUCAGGUGAAACAUUCAAAUUUUUAUAGAUUUGCGCUGUAAUUGAUCGUAACCUACUUUCUGAGUUCUGAUAAGUGAUCUGAGACUCAAGUCACCUCAGUGUCUGAAUGAAACAGAAUCACACAAUUACCUUUUUUAAAUCUCUAUAUUACGGUUUUGGAUUCUACUGACUUUUUCAGAAGCAUUUUAGAGUACUUAAGACUUCAAAAGCCAUAUGACACAGAAAUGUGUAGAUUUGCUGCAUAUCCAUCUGAAACAAAUCAAAAUGAUUGACCAACAUGACUGUACAGUCCAGUUUAUUUUGAGUCAAUACAAUCAAAGAGAGAAUAACUGACAGCCAGCAACACCAGUACAAAUAUUCACCUGCUGCUUAUUCACAGUACUAGUAUCAAAAUGCAUCAACAUUUAGACUUUUAUCAGAAGAAGCAGUGACAAAAACAGCUGACAGCUUUAUUUUUUGUACUGGUCCACUGCCUGACAGACAUCUAUGAAAUGACAAUGUAUAGAAUCUGUAUAGUGUUAAUAAAAAGUGAUGACUUC